AUGAAAAGAACGAUGGAAGGAGCGGAAAAGAAUGCAGACAAAUUGGCUAAGCGUAUAUUACCACAACGUCCGCACCACCUUACACUGUCCCUGACGGACAAGUACCCCGAGCCUGCUGGGUUUUGGUACACGGGAAAGAGUCACAGACUGCAGUACACCACCUUUCUCUCAGACUGCGAUCGCGGCAUCCUCAUCACGCGGCCUUCGUAUGACAUUUGCGAGGAGCCCGCGAGCGCCCCCAGCGCUAUGCCUCCAAAACCGACUCUCCUGAACGGGGAGGCCAAGAAGAAACUUUCAUUGAAGGACUAUCAGCGGAGGAAUCAGUCACCCCAGGACCCUUCGGCUACACCAAGGCUGGAUGCCAAGUCUGAGUCCAAGGGUGACACAAAAGUGAAUGGGACAGUGGAACGAAAUGCACCGGUAAAAGAGAACGUCAAGCCCGACGAUGCCAAGGCAAAGACGAAGCCUGUCAGGACGGAGGGAGGGGAGUCAGAAAAACCCCGUAUCACGGUCAAUGGAGACAGUAUGCGAGGCUCCCACGCGCAGUCUCAGGUCGAGCUCGAUAGUCGGAAGCGGGCUACGGAUACCGAACGCGACCAACCCAAGCGUCCCAGGACGGAUACUUAUUACGAUACGUCACGUCUUCCCCCGAAGCCCGAGGUACCACGAAAUCGCCUGAGCGACAGAAGCGACAAGGAUAUCAAAAAGGAAUCUCUACAUCUGACGACCAACGGACAGGCCCGCACUGCCGCAGACAGGGAGCGUGAUGUCAGCGCUUCACCCAAGUCCACGAUACUAGUGAACGGGUCGAAGCCAUAUAAGGAGAGUACCCCAGUAUCUCCACGGAGGAAGCGAGACACAGCGUCAAAAGCACCUGUGCCUGCCUUACUGUCGCCUCUACACCCUUCCUUACUCGCAGGCGAGUCGGAUAAGCCAAAAUCCAAGAAGCCGGCAGAAAAAGCCCCACCGAAGCCUCUGAAGAUUGACAGCAGCUCGAGAAAGAAGUAUGAAAUCCCGGCGCUCUUGUCUCCUACUCUACCUGCGAUUGUUGAGGAGGAGCUCGCACGCAAGUUCAAAAGCACACCGUCCAAGGGUGAGUAUAGGGACAUCAAGACCCAGCUGCCAGAUUCACCUAGCAUUGCGAGGAAGACCAAGGUGAAGGCUGAGCCUAUCGAGGAGGAAGACGAAGAAGAGGAGGAACAAGAACCUUCCUUGAUCGUCACGUUGAAGCUGAAGAAAGCCAACGCCAAGAGGGCAAAGGAUCUCCUGAGCCUGCCUUCCAAGGCUGUAAAGGACGCAAUGAGGAAGGAACGCACUGCUGCACGAGCAGAGGCUACCCCUCCACCUGCUAGAAAACGGCCACGGGCCCCGGACGACACACCGUCCGAAACCGUCGCUGCAAAACGACCAAAGUCAGCAGCAGUAGGCGACACUGUUAUCGCCAGACCCACAGGAAUGACAACACCACUCAAACCCAGCGCACCGGCCAUGUCCCGCGUCCCAUCAACUCAAUCUCAGAAUGCAACACCAGGGCCGCCUCCGACGAGACACAUCACUCCCGGCAUGGGCGAGCGCUCAUCGGUACCGCCUCUGCCGCCCCCAUCCGCCGAGGCCGCACCGUUCCGCGAGCGAGACGCCGAGUAUCGUGCAUAUGGAAGUAAACUAAAGCACCAGCGUGACGCAGUUGACGCACAGCUGCGCGACCCAGCCAAGCUCAAGACCAUUUCAUCGGCCGCCAUGACUCUGGAGACCAAGCGCGCCAUGGUCCUCCACAUUGAGAUGGUUUUGGCCUACAUGAUUGCCUUUUACAACUUCAACCACUCCCGGAUGAUGGAUCGCCGACCGCCCGAUUUCGCGACGUGGGAGUCUCUGGUGCCGCAUUUCAGCGAGCUGAAGAAGCGCGUUUACUCUGUUCGACCGUUCCGGAUUCUCACAACGCAGCUAUUCGCCGUCAUGCUCGAGCACAUCACAGCAACAUUCAGCCAGGCCGACCAGGCGACGGCCCCGGCCCUGCUUGCGAGGUGGCAAAAGAUGGAGCGUUUGAGGCCCGAGGUCUGGCAUGAGCUAUAUGGGCUGGCGGAUUUCGUGGAUGACAAGAGAGUCAAAAUGACGGUUGGGCCGUGGACCAAGAUCGAGGAGGCGGUAUUAAGCGCAAUGGGCGUCAUGAAGAAGUGGGCGGAGAUUGAGGAGGUCAAGUGGACGCCUAUGAUUAUGAAGCCUGAGAUGGCGGCUGAGGCCAAAAAGGAGAAGGGGCAAGAGAAGGAGAAGGACCACCAGCCGCAGCGUGAUAAGGAACGUGAGCGUGAGCGGGAGCGUGAGCGAGAGCGCGAACAACGGGACCGUGAUAGAGACCGUGAUCGGGAUAGGGAUAGGGAACAACAACAGCAACAACAACACCACCGAGAUCAGCAGCGUGAUCGCGAGAAAGAGCGAGAUAGAGAUAGAGUGAGGGACAUGAGCCGGGACCGGGUCCGCGAUCGCGAGCGAGGCGAACGGGACCGACCACCACUACCAAGGGAGCGCGAUCCCAGAGACCCCAUCCGAGGCGUCGGCGGAGGGCCAGGCCGUGAUCACCCAGGGAAAGACAUCCGCGACCGCGACAGGCUGUACAACAACGACGGAAGAUCGUCCGCGAGGGGCCGAGGUAGAGAAAGGUCGAGAACGCGAGAUAGGGAUAUUGGUAUUGGUGGUCGAGAUCCGCCGAUGCGCUCGGUAGACUUGAGAUUACCGCUACCGCCGCCUCCGCCUCAUCAUCAUGGCUUGCCACCGAGGAUGAAUGGGUACAGGUAG